GAUGCAUUAUGGCGUCUUGUGAAGCACUUGCAGGACUAACAGCACUUCUCUGCCUCAUCCAAUUGGGGCACACAGGGCACACAGAAUCUGUAAACAGCAAGAUAAUUGGUGGACAUGAAUCUCUUCCACACUCCAAACCUUGGAUGGCGUACAUCACCUACUCUAAUGAAGAUGGAGACACGUUGGUGUGUGGAGGAUUUCUAAUCAGGAAGGAUUUGGUGAUGACAGCUGCACAUUGCUUUGGGAGGAAUACCAGAGUGUCUCUAGGACUUCAUUCUGUGGGUGAAAGGAAUGAACAAAACACAUUCUCUGUGCUUAUCUACUAUCGUCACAGCAACUACGAUAGUAAUACGCAUGAAAGUGACAUCAUGAUACUGCAGAUAAAACGUCCAGUACAUUUGAAUGAUGCCAUCCAGAUCAUUGGUCUGCCAGCUAAGAACAAGCGGGUGGCGGUCGGUACGACAUGUAACGUUGCAGGCUGGGGGAAGAUAAGGAAUGACAUGGUCUCCCUGGUGCUAAUGGAAGUUAAUGUGACUGUUGUCAACAGAAGAAAAUGCCAAGAAAUACUAAACAUUUCCAUCAGUGACUCCAUGAUGUGUGCAGGAACACCUGGCACCAAGGGGGAUGCAGCAGAGGGUGACUCUGGAGGACCUCUGGUGUGUGACAGUAUAGCCACAGGAAUUGUGUCCUUUGGAAAGGAGAAGCCUCCAGGAGUUUACACCCAAAUAUCCAGCUUCCUGCCCUGGAUUAGGAAGAUUAUGUCUGGAUGACUUUCCUUAAAGGGACAUUAUACACUCGAUUUUUCUUUACAUAAAUGUUUUGUAGAUUAUUCAUUUAUAUAGCCUAUACAGGUUUAAAAAAAAUAUAUAAAGUUUUGCUUAUUUUUAAAUAACAUUGCUCUGAUUUUUAGACUCCUAACCAAGCCCCAAAGUUUUAGGAGAAUACCGACGUAUACCUACUCCAGCUUGCUUCUGUUUGUGUAAAGGGUCUUUUCAUAUGAAGAGAAGGGGGAGAGUACCUGUUAUUUCCCCCUUAAAGUGAGUGUUCUAGCUACCUUUUUAACAGGAAUUAUUACAGGCAUUAAAAAAAAAAGAUGUUUAUUACUUUGAUUAAAACCCAAAUUUCAUAUCA